UCUCUCACACACACACACACGUAGUGACAGAGCCGAGCGAGCACACACUCACACUACAGGUUACAGGGCGAGUGUGAAGGAGAGAGAGGGACGUGUACAGACGCGUACAAAAAUACAGAGCGGGGUGAGCUAGCCUUGGCUCGCAAGCCCGACCGACACUCCCCGGCCGGCUCGUGAACCCCCCUCCCCUUCCCCGGCCCAUAAUUUCUAUAUAUCCCCCACGUACUUUAGUCGGCCUCUCCACACCCCCGCCCCGCGCCACCUCCCGGCCUUCUCCCCUCCCUCGAGAGAAGCGGAGAGCUCCUCUCUCCCCUCCCUCCGCUGCUACCACCACCACCACCUCCUUCCCAUAGCACAGAGCUAGCGCGCAGGUCGCCUGCUCGCUUCCCAUUCCUUCCCCCGCCGGCCUCUUCUCUCUUGCCUCGAGAGAGAGGAAGCCGCCGAGACACACAGGCGGCAGCGGGAACCGGGGGCGCGGGCAUUAUGGCGCCCGGCGGCGGAGACGGCCGGCGGAACGGCGAGCAGCCGCAGCAGGCGAGCGGCGGACGGCACGGGUGCGCAUGCGGGUUCCCCGUGUGCGCGUGCGCGGGCGCCGCGGCGGUGGCCUCCGCGGCGUCCUCCGCCGACAUGGACCGCGCGGCGGUGGCCGCCACCGAGGGCCAGAUCGGCGCCGUCAACGACGAGAGCUGGGUGGCCGUCGACCUCAGCGACGACCUCUCCGGCGACGGCGGGGACGACGGCGUCGCCAUCGAGGACCGCCCCGUCUUCCGCACCGAGAAGAUCAAGGGCGUCCUCCUCCACCCCUACAGGGUGCUCAUCUUCGUGCGGCUGAUCGCGUUCACGCUGUUCGUGAUCUGGCGUAUCUCGCACCGGAACCCGGACGCGCUGUGGCUGUGGGUGACCUCCAUCGCCGGCGAGUUCUGGUUCGGCUUCUCGUGGCUGCUGGACCAGCUCCCCAAGCUGAACCCCAUCAACCGCGUGCCCGACCUGGCGGUGCUCCGCCAGCGGUUCGACCGGGCGGACGGCACCUCCCGGCUGCCGGGGCUGGACAUCUUCGUCACCACGGCGGACCCCUUCAAGGAGCCCAUCCUCAGCACGGCCAACUCCAUCCUCUCCAUCCUGGCCGCCGACUACCCCGUCGAGAAGAACACCUGCUACCUCUCCGACGACUCGGGGAUGCUGCUCACCUACGAGGCCAUGGUGGAGGCCGCCAAGUUCGCCACCGUGUGGGUGCCCUUCUGCCGGAAGCACGGGAUCGAGCCCCGCGGGCCCGAGAGCUACUUCGAGCUCAAGUCCCACCCCUACAUGGGCCGCUCGCAGGAGGACUUCGUCAACGACCGCCGCCGCGUCCGCAAGGAGUACGACGAGUUCAAGGCGCGGAUCAACGGGCUCGAACACGACAUCAAGCAGAGGUCCGACGCGUACAACGCCGCCAGGGGGCUCAAGGACGGCGAGCCGCGCGCGACGUGGAUGGCCGACGGCAGCCAGUGGGAGGGCACCUGGGUCGAGCCCUCCGAGAACCACCGCAAGGGAGACCACGCCGGCAUCGUACUGGUGCUGGUGAACCACCCGAGCCACAGCCGCCAGCUCGGCCCGCCGGCGAGCGCGGACAACCCGCUGGACUUCAGCAUGGUGGACGUGCGCCUCCCGAUGCUGGUGUACGUGUCCCGUGAGAAGCGCCCGGGCUUCAACCACGAGAAGAAGGCCGGCGCCAUGAACGCGCUCACCCGCUGCUCCGCCGUGCUCACCAACUCGCCCUUCAUCCUCAACCUCGACUGCGACCACUACAUCAACAACUCCCAGGCGCUCCGCGCCGGCAUCUGCUUCAUGCUCGGCCGCGACAGCGACACCGUCGCCUUCGUCCAGUUCCCGCAGCGCUUCGAGGGCGUCGACCCCACCGACCUGUACGCCAACCACAACCGCAUCUUCUUCGAUGGCACGCUCCGCGCGCUCGACGGCAUGCAGGGCCCCAUCUACGUCGGCACGGGCUGCCUCUUCCGCCGCGUCACGCUCUACGGCUUCGACCCCCCCAGGAUCAACGUCGGCGGGCCCUGCUUCCCGUCGCUGGGCGGGAUGUUCGCCAAGACCAAGUACGAGAAGCCCGGGCUGGAGAUGACCACCAAGGCCGCCGUCGCCAAGGGCAAGCACGGCUUCCUCCCGCUGCCCAAGAAGGCGUACGGCAAGUCGGACGCGUUCGUGGACUCGAUCCCGCGCGCGUCGCACCCGUCGCCGUUCGCGGACGCCGCCGCCGUGGUGGCCGACGAGGCGACCAUCUCCGAGGCCGUGGCGGUGACCACCGCGGCGUACGAGAAGAAGACCGGGUGGGGCAGCAACAUCGGGUGGGUGUACGGCACGGUGACGGAGGACGUGGUGACGGGGUACCGGAUGCACAUCAAGGGGUGGCGCUCCCGCUACUGCUCCAUCUACCCGCACGCCUUCAUCGGCACCGCCCCCAUCAACCUGACGGAGCGGCUGUACCAGGUGCUCCGCUGGUCCACGGGCUCCCUGGAGAUCUUCUUCUCCCGGAACAACCCGCUGUUCGGGAGCACCUUCCUCCACCCGCUGCAGCGCGUCGCCUACAUCAACAUCACCACCUACCCCUUCACGGCGCUGUUCCUCAUCUUCUACACCACCGUGCCGGCGCUGUCGUUCGUGACGGGGCACUUCAUCGUGCAGCGCCCGACCACCAUGUUCUACGUGUACCUGGCCAUCGUGCUGGGCACGCUGCUGAUCCUGGCCGUGCUGGAGGUGAAGUGGGCGGGCGUCACCGUGUUCGAGUGGUUCCGGAACGGGCAGUUCUGGAUGACGGCCAGCUGCUCGGCGUACCUCGCCGCCGUGUGCCAGGUGGUGGUGAAGGUGGUGUUCCGCCGGGACAUCUCGUUCAAGCUGACGUCGAAGCAGCCGGCGGGCGACGAGAAGAAGGACCCCUACGCGGACCUGUACGUGGUGCGGUGGACGUGGCUGAUGGUGACGCCCAUCAUCAUCAUCCUGGUGAACAUCAUCGGCUCCGCGGUGGCCUUCGCCAAGGUGCUGGACGGCGAGUGGACGCACUGGCUCAAGGUGGCCGGCGGCGUCUUCUUCAACUUCUGGGUGCUGUUCCACCUCUACCCCUUCGCCAAGGGCAUCCUGGGGAAGCACGGCAAGACCCCCGUGGUGGUGCUCGUGUGGUGGGCAUUCACCUUCGUCAUCACCGCCGUGCUCUACAUCAACAUCCCCCACAUCCACGGGCCCGGCGGCAAGCACGGGCACGGCGGCGGCAUGGGCAGGCACGCCCACCACCACGCGGGCAGCACGCACGUCACGGAGCUCUACGGCUGGCCGUAGUGAUCCGAGCACAUACCGCCCCCAACAUUGAUUGAUCAACCAGACCGACGACCCAACCGUGAAGAGAAGAGUACGUUCCGUUCCGUUCCGUUCCAUUACAUUCUACCUGGUGAAGACUGCUACAACAAGCGACCGACGACGACGUACCCGCCACCACAAUUUGAUUUUUCUUUGGUUCUUUUCUUUUUCUAGUUUUGUCCAGAAAUUGAAAGAUGGUGUUGAUUUGAUUUAGUUCUUUUUUUAAUUAAUUACCGUACCCGUGGUAAUUAAUCAUGUACCUACUGCUUAUAUAUACAUUACGCGAAGAGGAAGAGGAUCAUCAUCACUUGUAAGUGAGGGAGUGUGAGAUGAGCUGGAGGGUGGGUGGGGCCGGGGUGCCAGUGUCUGUACUGUACAUGCUACAGAGAGAGAAGAGGAGAGGGGUGUAGGGCCCGGCUUCGGGGUGGUAUUCUUUUAGUAUAUGGAACACAAUAAAUUUAAUUUCAUUCUUGCAGAUUAAAA